CGGGAGCUCAGAGGGCACACAGAGAAGAUACUGGGGAGUGGGAGCCACAGGGCCGAAGCGAUGAUCCCCCCGCAGGAGGCGUCCGCCCGGCGCCGGGAAAUCGAGGACAAACUGAAGCAGGAGGAGGAGACGCUGUCCUUCAUCCGAGACAGCCUGGAGAAGAGCGACCAGCUCACCAAGAACAUGGUGUCUAUCCUCUCGUCCUUUGAGAGCCGCCUUAUGAAGCUGGAGAACUCCAUCAUCCCUGUGCACAAGCAAACAGAGAACCUGCAGCGGCUGCAGGAGAAUGUCGAGAAAACUCUAUCCUGCUUGGACCACGUCAUCAGCUACUACCAUGUGGCCAGUGACACUGAGAAGAUCAUCAGGGAGGGCCCCACAGGCAGGCUGGAAGAGUACCUGGGAAGUAUGGCCAAGAUUCAGAAGGCUGUGGAGUAUUUCCAGGACAACAGCCCAGACAGCCCAGAGCUCAACAAAGUGAAGCUGCUGUUUGAGCGGGGGAAGGAGUCGCUGGAGUCUGAGUUCCGCAGCCUGAUGACCCGGCACAGUAAGGUCGUCUCCCCGGUACUCAUCCUGGAUCUGAUCAGUGGCGAGGACGAGCUGGAGGUCCAGGAGGACGUGCCCCUGGAGCACCUGCCUGAGAGCGUGCUCCAGGACGUGAUCCGCAUCUCCCGCUGGCUGGUGGAAUACGGCCGCAACCAAGAUUUCAUGAACGUCUACUACCAGAUUCGCUCUAGCCAGCUGGACCGCUCCAUCAAAGGCCUGAAGGAGCAUUUCCGGAAGAGCAGUUCCUCCUCUGGAGUUCCUUACUCCCCUGCUAUCCCCAACAAGAGGAAGGACACGCCCACCAAGAAGCCUGUCAAGAGGCCAGGGACGAUCCGUAAGGCUCAGAAUCUUCUGAAACAGUAUUCCCAGCAUGGUCUAGAUGGGAAAAAGGGGGGCUCUAACCUCAUUCCUCUGGAAGGUCACGAGCAUGAUUACCGAGUUAAGCACCCGUCCGAGGCCCUGAACGACAAGCACGGGCCGCUGGCUGGGAGAGAUGACAUGCUCGACGUGGAGACCGAUGCCUACAUUCACUGCGUCAGUGCCUUCGUCAAGCUGGCCCAGAGCGAGUAUCAGCUGCUGACGGACGUCAUCCCUGAGCACCAUCAGAAAAAGACUUUUGACUCCCUGAUACAGGAUGCGCUGGAUGGGCUGAUGCUUGAGGGGGAGAACAUCGUGUCCGCCGCCCGGAAGGCCAUCGUUCGACAUGACUUCUCCGCGGUGCUCACUGUCUUCCCCAUCCUGCGGCAUCUCAAGCAGACCAAGCCUGAGUUUGACCAGGUGCUCCAGGGCACGGCCGCCAGCACCAAGAACAAGCUGCCCAGCCUCAUCACUUCCAUGGAGACCGUUGGAGCCAAAGCGCUGGAGGACUUCGCUGACAACAUCAAGAAUGACCCAGACAAGGAAUACAACAUGCCCAAGGAUGGCACUGUACACGAACUCACAAGCAAUGCCAUCCUCUUCCUGCAGCAGCUCCUGGACUUCCAGGAGACGGCGGGCGCCAUGCUGGCCUCCCAAGUUCUUGGGGACACAUACAAUAUUCCUUUAGACCCCCGAGAGACCAGUUCUUCAGCCACCAGCUACAGCUCCGAGUUCAGCAAGCGCCUCCUGAGCACCUAUAUCUGUAAAGUCCUGGGCAACUUGCAGUUGAACUUGCUGAGCAAGUCCAAGGUUUAUGAGGACCCUGCUUUGAGCGCCAUCUUCCUGCACAACAACUACAAUUACAUCCUCAAGGCCUUGGAGAAGUCUGAGCUGAUCCAGCUGGUGGCUGUGACCCAGAAGACUGCGGAGCGCUCCUACCGGGAGCACAUCGAGCACCAGAUCCAGACCUACCAGCGCAGUUGGUUAAAGGUGACUGACUACAUCGCUGAGAAGAAUCUACCUGUAUUCCAGCCGGGAGUCAAGCUCCGAGACAAGGAGCGGCAGAUGAUCAAGGAACGUUUUAAGGGCUUCAAUGAUGGCCUUGAAGAAUUGUGCAAGAUCCAGAAGGCUUGGGCCAUUCCCGACACAGAGCAGAGGGACAAGAUUCGCCAAGCUCAGAAAAACAUUGUCAAGGAGACCUACGGGGCCUUUCUGCACAGGUACGGCAGCGUGCCCUUCACCAAGAACCCGGAGAAGUACAUCAAGUACCGUGUGGAGCAGGUGGGCGACAUGAUUGAGCGCCUCUUUGAUACCUCCGCCUGAGCCUGCUGCUGCCCCUGCCUGGUUUCACCAGAUCAGCCACGUUAUUGGACAGAUAAAGCAGUGUUAACUUGUG